AUGCCCGCCCCCUCGGACGCCGCCGCAAACGGCUCUGCCGCACCGACGACGAGCAGCCCCACCACAGCCCUCAACGAACCAGCGGGCCCCGGCCCCUCCAUAUCCUGGCCCGUCAACCGCCCGACAAGCCGCGGCAAAUGGACACCAGAAGUCGACCACGAUCUCCGCCAGCGCGAGCAGCAGCAGCAGCAGCAGCAGCAGCGCACCGCUCCCACCCCGGGCGCCGGCACCGCCGCACAGCACCAACAACAACAACAACAACAGAAGCGCAAGACGCCCGAGCCGCCCGCCAUCCUCGCAAAGGAGCUCCUCCCCGGCGCGCCGCGCUCACAAUCAGGCAUCGGGUCGCGCGCCUUCUUCCUCGGGCAAGCGCUCGGUCUCAGCAUCGCAGCGACGCUGUACCUCGCGCUGGCGGCGGGCAGCGCGUCGUGGCGCGCCCCCUUCUUCAUCGGCACGCUGUCCGUCUUCCACUUCCUCGAGUACUGGACGACGGCGCGGUACAACACCCCCGCGGCGUCGACGCGCAGCUUCCUCUUCAGCAACGGCAAGGAGUACCAGAUCGCGCACUCGACGGCGCUGCUCGAGCACGUCGUCACGCACCUCGCGUUCCCCGGCUGGCAGGCGCGCGUCGGCUGCGGCGGCGCGACGACGGCGGCGGGCGUGGCGCUGAUCGUGCUGGGGCAGACGGUGCGCAGCAUGGCCAUGGCGACGGCGGGCACGAAUUUCAAUCACCUCGUGCAGAGCAGCAAGAAGAGCGAUCACGUGCUCGUCAAGGACGGCGUGUAUGCGCUGCUAAGGCAUCCGAGCUACUUUGGCUUCUUUUGGUGGGGGUUGGGCACGCAGCUCAUGCUGGGGAACGUCGUGUGUCUUGUGGCGUAUGCGGCGGUGCUGUGGAGCUUCUUUAGCAGGAGGAUCAAGCACGAGGAGAUCUUCCUGAUCAAUUUCUUUGGAGACGAGUAUCGCGAGUACCGCAAGGCGACGACGGUUAAGAUUCCGUUCAUUCCGUAG